CUUUCUCUUUUUCUCAGCAGCAGUCUAUCCACAGGCAGAUACAAGGACUGCUGUGGAACAGGGGUGCCCCUCCAGGACUGUCAUUGCAAAUAUACCCCCAUUAGGAAGGUCUCACCACGUGUGCAACGCCCAUGUACCAUCUGAGCUUAGUCCCAGGCUGGGGAAUUCCUGCUGGGUAGGUGAGUGGGUUUCAGGCUGCAGCGCUUUGCCUUUAAAUAAGCCUCAUCUGGGGAUAUUGCAACUACUCACAAGUGAUGCUCAGGAGCUGAUGCACAGCAGAGAGGAUUGUGAUGCGACUAUAAGCACCGGCGCCCCAUUACGCAGAAACCCUGGUGGGAGACUAGAAAGAACAAGCAGUAAGGGUGCUGCUCCGGAAGACAAGCAGGGGGUAAGGGAAACUGUGACCUUUGACCACUCUCUUCGAUGCAGGGAUUCUGUUCCUCGACAAUGUGGAGAUGAGUUUUUGCCAUGAGGCGCACUGCACGAUUUGUGGUUUGUGCUACAUGACACCGAGGGCUGCUAGCGUGGUUCUGUUGCUGUUGGUCAUCAAAACCUGCCUGGGAUGUAACUUCACCGAACACAGUCCAAUAAGUUCCACAUUUGAUGACACCAUUAAGAAACUGUUAAAGUACCUUCCUUGGGACUACAACGUUUCUGUCAUUGCCAAUCUACAACCACACAGCCAAUGCUCUGAUCUGUGGAUGGUGUAUUUCCUCAGAAAGGAACUGGUGAGAAUAGAGGGUGUCUCAGGGGAAAGGCUGAAGGAGCAAGUAGCGGAUAUGCGGGGAGAGAUGGAGUUUAUUCAGACUGAAUGUCAUUUUAAUGUCUCAGAAGACUGCAGAAUGCAGAAAAAGAAUGUUACUGACUUUUUGGGCAUAAUGUCUUCCACAAUGAAUCACAUGGCGGCUGGUAACAGAAUUAAAGCCGAUUUCUCCAGUUGCGCCAUGAUCCUCUGUAAAAAAGACACCUCUGUUAAUAAUACAGUGCAGCACCAAAGACAUAAUGGCACUAAAGAUUGUAAACAGCCUGAAAAAGAGCAGAACUCCAGAGUACAUACCAUUGCUAUCCCCAUCGCCGUAGGUUUGGUCAUCGUACUUCUUGUUGUAGUGGUCUUUGUACAGCGGCAACUGUGCUGCAAUAAAAUCACUGAUCAAAGAACAGAAGAAUCAAGAGAGGGGCAAAGGGUAUCAUCUUGUAAAGGUCUUGAAUAAAUACAGAGGGAUUAUCCUUGUGAUGUGACUUUCAACCUGUUGCCUAGUCGGGAUAUGAAGAUAAUUGUGGCCUAUGGUACCCUUUACUGGCAACGUCUGAUACUGCAACGUGAUUUUAUAUCAUUAGGACCAAUAAUGGAAACUGUUUAACAAUACACUCAUUAAUAGACUACUCAACAUUAACAGAACCGAGCAUGAGAAAUUGACUGAUAAUGGACUGAUAAAGGACAGAAGAGCUACUGUAUAAUAAUUCAGUUAAAAAAAGAUUAAUAUACAUGAUUUUAUUUUCAUGAGUCCGAAAAUGUGCAGUGUUUGUGAGUUGUUAACAUAAAGAUAAGACUGACCAUCAUGGCUGCAAGUUGUACAUGUCUGUCGGCACUUUUAGAACUGUUGUUUGCCGGCUCUAGGGCUUUUGUCUUUAUCCCGAUGUGAGGAGUAAGCUGAGACCUGGUGUUCUAGGCAACCAUAAAGAAUCGGCCGUGGUGGCUAUCCUUGGAGAAAUAACAUAUGUACAAGUGUUACCAUAUUUCAUCAGUAUUCAUUAAAUAAAAAAGCAAUGCGAGGUAUUGGCAAUGCACUUCUGGAAAUGUCUUUACCCCAGGGAUGGAUCAGUUUCUCAACCAAUCUCCUCAUCUGUACCAUAAAUGGAUCUAUUACCAUUCUCUUUUUAUGGCUUUGCAGCUGCAGUAACUCCAAUUGUUCGAGAGCUCCUCCAAUCUAACAGCUUACAGACCCACAAUGCAUUGCACUGUGAAGUUCCUUUUCUUAUUGACAUUGUGUGAGGACAGUCGACUACUGUUACAUUUUGGGUCUCAAAGUAGUCAGCCAGAUCCACUGGGGAACAGGGGGCGGGGCUUAGGGAACUAUUCCAAACCAUAUUAUUACAUUAAAAAUCAUAGAAAGGCUGCAUAUUUUUUAAUUAAUGUAUAUUGCAAAGCUGUUCGAAAUUAUGUUUACUUGUUCAAAAGCUUAAGUUGUUUUUGGGUAGAGUUCCCUUUUACAAUGGAAAUUAGGUAAUAUAUUAUUCUGAAUUAUUGGCAAACACAAAGACACUUUGGUGCCAAAUGCAAUGUGUACCCGUGAUGCUCAAUGCUAUGGUAAUUGACUUACUGCACUGGUCCAACUAGAAAAUGCUGUUAUCAUUAAUGACAAAUGUCAUUGUAAAUACAAUAUUUAAUCCAGUUGUC